CUUUUUCCCUUUGUCUGUUUUCCCUCCUUUACCUGUCUCCGCCCUGAUGGUUUCCACCUGUGUCCUUACCUUGUGUCUGUGUCUAUAUGGUCCUCGUCUCGCUUUGUCCUGUGCCAGUUUGUCUUGUCCCUUGUGUCAGCUCUGGUGGGUCGGUGAAAUCGCUGUUUUGGCUUCGGAGCAGCAAGAAGCGAGAGGGAAGCCAGCACUGAGCAGCUUCUGGACACGGAGGAGCAGGAAGACAGCGACUGAGGACAGUAAAGAGGAGAGGAUAACCUGACUCUGGAGAAGAAGACUGAAAGAGCGACUGCAGUGAUGGCUGAGGCACCUCAGCAGCAGCAGCAGCAGCAGCAGCAGGAGGAAGAGGAGGAGGAGCAGCAGCAGACAAGCACUGUGGAGGCGACGGACGCUGAUGAAGGGUCCGAGGAGCCGAAGGAGAGUGCCCAGGUGACCCCGACCCGACCUCUGCUCUCCAUGAGGUCCAUGAGCAGCGUGGACCCAGAUGACGACUCCCCCAACAUGAUCGUCUACAGAAAGAUUGAAGACAUCAUCACUCACAUCCAGGAUGAGACCGAAGGCGUGCCCAUCAGAACUGUCAAAAGUUUCAUGACCAAAAUCCCCAGUGUUGUUACAGGUGCGGAUAUUGUGCAGUGGCUGAUGAAGAACCUGUCCAUCGAGGAUCCAGCUGAGGCCAUGCACAUCGGGAGUCUAAUCGCGGCUCAGGGGUACUUCUUCCCCAUCUCGGACCACGUUCUCUCCCUGAAAGAUGACGGCACUUUCUACCGCUUUCAGGCACCGUAUUUCUGGCCGUCCAACUGUUGGGAGCCUGAGAACACGGACUACGCUAUCUACCUGUGCAAGCGGACCAUGCAGAAUAAGACCAGGCUGGAGUUGGCAGAUUAUGAGGCGGAGAACCUAGCCAGGCUGCAGAGAGCCUUUGCCAGGAAGUGGGAGUUUAUCUACAUGCAGGCUGAGGCCCAGGUCAAGAUCGACAGGAAAAAAGAUAAAACCGAGAGGAAGAUCCUCGACAGCCAGGAGAGAGCCUUCUGGGACGUCCACAGACCUGUGCCUGGAUGUGUUAACACGACAGAGAUGGACAUCAGGAAAUGCAGACGCAUGAAGAACCCUCAUAGAGUUAAGAAGUCAGUGUAUGGUUUGGCGGAGGAGGGAACACAGUCUCAGAGUCCCAUACACACUCCCUCACACCACUGCAGGAAAGGCACCAAGGAGGAUGUGGAAAAAGAGAUCUUAUUCUUGAACACCCAGCUAGAUCGUCACUGUAUGAAGAUGUCUAAAGUUGCUGAAAGUCUGAUAAGCUACACUGAGCAGUACAUGGAGUAUGACCCGUUUUUGACAGCACCAGAACCAUCCAACCCAUGGACCAGCGAUGAUCCUUCGCUCUGGGAUCUGGAGGCCAGUAAGGAGCCCAGUCAGCAGAGGGUGAAGAAGUGGGGUUUCUCUCUGGAGGAGGCCCUGAAAGACCCGGCAGGACAGGAGCUCUUCCUGAAGUUCCUGGAGUCAGAGUUUAGCUCAGAAAACCUGCGGUUUUGGUUGGCGGUGCAGGACCUGAAGAGGAUGCCCCAGCAGGACGUAGCCCAGAGGGCCCAGGACAUCUGGACGGAGUUCCUGGCGGAGGGAGCUCCCAGCUCCAUCAACCUGGACUCCCACAGCUACGAACGCACAAGCCAGAACCUGAAAGAUCCCGGGCGAUACAGCUACGAGGACGCACAGGACCACAUCUACAAGCUGAUGAAAAGUGACAGCUACACACGCUUCCUGCGCUCCAACGUGUACCAGGACCUGCUGAUGGCGAGAAAGAAACCUGAAACAGAGCAGGGACGACGCACCUCACUGGAGAAGUUCACUCGCAGUGUGGGGAAGUCACUGACGGGCAAACGUCUGACGGGUCUCAUGCAGUCGUCCUGACAAGGCCUGGAUCAAGAGGAGGAUCAGGAGUAGGAGGAGGAGGAGGAGGAGGAGGAGGUGGAGGAACCAUACCCAGAAGAGCUACUUUACCACCAGGGAGCAGGUGGAAAAAAGGACCCUGGUGGUGUUUGGGUGUGGCCCCGUGGAAGGCGAGACCUAGACUACCGGACUGGAACGCCACCACUUUUUGAAAAUCACCUCAGAUCAAUUUAAGAGGACUGACAUCAUGCAAUAAGUCACCGAACCUGACACCAGGACAGCGCUGUCACAGUGUAGAGGAUAAACAUGGCUACUCUUCUUAGGAGAUUUCUACUCAAAGGCCUGCGCCGCCUCGGGCUUUUGUCAUUUCUCUCUUCUCUUCUACUGUCUUCGCUCAUGUUAACCUGGUAGCUGAAGAGGCUAUCGCUUUACUUUAAGUGAUAUAACGUGAUAAACGUGGAAUGCUUGAAUGCCGUCAAAAUGAGACUUAGAUUAAUGCUGUAGCUAGCUGUUUUAUCUCACGUCAUUCACUAGGAUGAUAUAAGGGAAAAAGGGGUUGAAGAGGGUUCACACUAAACAUCUGCACUCUUGAACUGAACUACUGCUCAGCCUGGACGCCAGUCAGGCGUCCUGCUUUAAUGGCUGAAGAGGUGGAGCAGUACUACACCCACCUUUUGGUAAAAAGAGCUUUGUGAUCAGUUUACUAAUGUGGGAGGAUGCAAGAUUACCAACCUCUGUGUAUCCAUCAGUGGUUCAGUUUGCUAUGAUGUGUGUUUACAUUUCAUACUUUUAUCAUGCAGUCUGAUUUUAUGCUCUUUACAGGCUGAGUGACAACAAUGUGUAAUUUCUCACAGUAGGGUGUUCACAGAAAACCAGUAAACAGGAAAUUAUCUUUAAAGUGACUGGUUGUCUUUGGAACACAGAACACAAACUGCCCAACAAAAACUGGUAAGAACAGUAAAUAAAUAAAUUAUCUGCUCUAUUUUUAGAUUCUCAUAGAUUUCCACUGCCACUGUAACAUAUUUUAGCAAGUGUUUCUCAAAAGCCUCCUCAAAGCCACAUUGAACAGACAGAGGUGUAAUCUUGCUCUCGUGAAAAUGUUUUUACACAAACGGGUGUAUGGCUUUAAAUGAGGGAGUCGUUAUGAUGUUGGGCUUUGUUCUAUUCUUCUUCUGGACAUUCCACUUCAGGCAGCCACAGCGAUGUUCGGUGGGCUGAGCUAUAACCAUUCUUCACCUUAUGUAAAGAGGACCACGAUAAUAAAAAGAGGAAUGCACAUUAAAGAAA